AUGGAACCAGAACAAUAUUUUCCUUCUUCUGCAGUACUAUGCUCAACCAGAUGGUGGACAAAGGAGACGGUGGCAGUGGUGACGGGAGGUAAUAAAGGCAUAGGGUUUGCUCUAGUGAAGCGUCUUGCAGAGUUAGGACUGAGUGUGGUGUUAACUGCUAGAGACAAGCAAAAAGGAGAAGAUGCCGUGGAGGCCAUUCGAGCACAAUUAGGCCAUCUUGCACAUAAUCAUGUCCACUUUCUACUUCUUGAUGUCUCAGAUCAUGAUUCCAUUAAAACUUUUGCAUCCUCUUUCAAAGCCAAAUUUGGAGCCACUUUGGAUAUCCUGGUGAACAACGCAGGUGUGUCAUACAAUGAGUUAGAUGAGAACUCAGUGGACCAUGCGGAAAGUGUCUUGAAAACCAACUUCUAUGGUCCCAAAUUGCUAAUUGAGGCACUUCUUCCCCUCUUUCGUUUCUCUUCUUCUAUCACUCGUAUUCUCAAUGUUAGUUCAAGACUCGGCUCUCUCAAUAAGUUGAGAAACGCGGAAGUAAAAAAAAUGCUAGAGAGUGAGGAAUUGAAGGAAGAGGAAAUCGAAGAAAUGGUGAAAAAGUUUGUAAGAGAUGUGAGAAACGGGACAUGGAAGAGUGAAGGGUGGCCAUCAUAUUGGACAGAUUAUGCAGUAUCUAAGUUGGCUCUAAAUGCAUACUCAAAGGUGUUAGCUAAAAGAUAUAACAAUAACAAUAGUAAUAAUUCAUAUAAAUUAGGAGGAAGUGGCACUAAAUUGAUGAGUGUGAACUGUUUUUGUCCUGGCUUCACUCAAACCUCUAUGACUAAAGGUAAGGGCACUCACACUGCUGAUCAAGCUGCAUCUCUUGCUGCCAUCCUUACCUUGCUUCCGCCGCACCACCUGCCCACCGGAAAGUUUUACUUACCUCUAAGAACCAAAGAGUUAUUAAAAAAAAAAUUACUGAAAAUAAACUCACAUAAUUGUGAGAUUCCGAGUUUGGAACCGGGUCACGGCGUCCAGCCUAACAAUUUCGGCAUUUUUUUGCCAGUUGAGCUAGGAUUUAUGGGACCUUAG